AUGGCGCUUCGGCCCCAUCAGUGCCCCCUGCUUCACACCAUUCGCUACCGACCCACGACAGUCGGAAGCUUCAUUUUGCCGAGCCUCACAGCGCCGACGGUAGUGGUGUUUGACACGCUCCAUGCGGCCCAGCCCUACGACAAGACGUUCCGCAAGGUCCAGGUCCAUGCCAUUCCGUCACCUUUUCUUUCGCCUGUACCGGUCACCAAGCUCGUCGUCAACCUGUCCUACAAUGGGGGACGGGUCUGGCCCAGCCUUCGCUUCCAGGCGAACCGUUCGCUUUCAGCCGUCGUGCUCAUUUCCACAAACCCCAUGCCUCCCAUGACCACCACUCUUGAUCCUGUCAUACACGCCGUCGUCAUCAGACACACCGCCCCGCUCCUCCAGGACAUUGCCACAGGCAUAAGGGUCCAGCGACACCUGUGCGAGUUUGGUGUGUCUGGUGAAAUGGCCAAAGAGGCGACCGGGGAUGCGCUCCGUUUCAUGACUCUGGCCGAGUACCGUGCCACCCUCGACCCGCACCAGGCCAAGCUCGAGACGGUGAUGGAGUGCUGGAAGUAG